CACAUACCUGUUCUCAUUAACCUGCCGUUAGUAUAAUCUCUUCGUGAGGAAAAUGUAGCAAGAUCAUUUGCACCUCGUCGUAGAUUCAAGUUUAGGACGCUGUGCCUACUAAAAGCUCUCUGUGCUGUGUGAGGAGUUCGCGCUGCAGCGCAGAUGAGAUGCAGAUUCCUGAGUUAGCAAUGAGCUUUUCUGAUCAGUUAUAGCAUCACAGUUACCCUACACAAGUACUGAGGACAACUAAAAACACAGGGAAAGUAUCAACACGUCCUCGGUUCUUAUAAUGUAUUCUAAAUAACCUGAUCACAUAUUCAACUGUAGUCUAAUUACCCAGAAGCAAUAUAUACAUUCAAUCACUCGGCUUGUGAUACAUGGACGUUUAGAGAAAACCAACAUGCUGAUAUAUCGACGGAAUUCCCUCCCUGAAGAGGAAUGGCUGUAGCGAAUUCGGGACAAUAUACUGUCAAAGUAUAACGGGUGUUACAACUGUUUGGCUAUGAGCAGGUCUUACCAACAUUGAUUACUUUGUAAACGAGGAAGGUGUACGUUCACGAUGCCAAGACUGACCUCAGGGCCAACCUCUGCUGCUGACAUCACUCCUCCUCACGGCUCGUCGCCUCUGCUUGGAGUCCCAUCAAGGUCUGAGUCUCCCGCUGUGACCGAAGGCGAUGCCUCAUCACCAUUUAUUCUCAGGCAGGCACUCAGGACAAACGCACACGCUCGCACCGCUACCCUGGACAACUUUUUGAAACGAAAUAAAGCGUAAUGAUGACAGAAGAAAGUAGGGGCAAACGAAGGAAACAAGCCAACCCCAGGAGAAACCGAGUGGAUGCGGAGCAAGUGAGUUCACUGGGAUCUGAGGGGGAGGAUGAUGUUGGCCUGUGGAGCUUGGAGCCCCAGGACUGUCAGGAGAGCCUGGACAAGACAAGCCUGACGCCAAGUGAGGGGACUGAGGAGCCGGGCAGCCCUGCUCGCUCCGCACGGCUGCACAGCCUCAGCCCCGGCAGCAGAAACUACUGGGGGCAGGUGGAGCCGGAGGCCGAGGCCACAGAGGACGCCACCACCGCAUCUGCCGCUGACAGGGAGGGAGACCAGGAAUCAUUGAGGAUGUACUGUAAGAACUCAGACUCCCAGAAUUCCUUGGAGGACCUGGCCCACUAUACAUUUCUGGCCCAGUUGAGGAAGGCCUCUCCCUCAGCCAGUCUCCUGGACCAUCUGAACCACAAUGGCACGGCAGCUGUGUACCACCCGGGCAGCAGGCACGAUGAGCUGCCGCCUGCCAUCUGGUCACCAGGAGCUCAGCACUGCUCACCUGAGGGAACAGAUACAGGGAGGACCCAGCAGGCCUGUCCAUUCUGCCACAGGAUGUAUCAGCGAGGAUCUUCUUUGAGGGACCACAUCAAGUACUGUCGGGAGAGGGAGGGGGGCCACAUGGUCUGUCCUCUCUGUGGAUACACUGCCACCCUUAGUGUACAGAUGGAGCGGCACCUGACACUUCACAACCAAGUGCAGGACAAUAGUGCCAUCACUUUGGAUCAAGGCAUGGAGACCAGGAAAUUCAAAUGUCUGCAGUGUGGGAAAGCGUUCAAGUACAAACACCACCUCAAAGAGCAUCUCCGCAUCCACAGCGGUGAGAAACCUUACGAGUGCUCCAACUGCAAGAAACGUUUCUCUCACUCUGGCUCCUACAGCUCCCAUUUAAGCAGCAAAAAGUGCCUGAGUGGUGGAGGAAAUGGAGGGGGAAACACAGGGGGAGCCAGCGGUGCAUUUAAUGGACAUAGCCAAGGCUCCUACCACCACUCAUUUCCAACGUCUCCCUCUGCAGGCGGGGGGAGAAACAGUAAUGACAAGGGCUCUCCGUUGGCUUCACAGACCCAAGAUAAUACCAGGCCUCUUGGUCGAGUACCAGAGGAUCCUCACCAGCUUUCACUGCAGGACCCCAACCACAACCCCACAGGCUUCCCCAGAGCUUCAGACCUGGCUCAGCUUUGGGACUCCUCGGCAGAGCUCUCUCUGAGGGCCAGUAUACUAAAAGGGACCACCCUGCUGCCUUAUCUGCACUCUGGGACCAAGUUUGAGCAGAUGCUGCAGGAGAUGCUUCACAGGGAGGUGAAGAAAGAUGAGGAGAUGGACAGAGGAGGAGGGGGAGGAGCUGCAGUGGAGGAAAGGAGGGUGAUUUACAACGGAGGAGGGUCUGACAUGAAGGUGUCGCCUGACAGGAGAAGAGAGGCAGUGAGGUCAGGUGAAGGGGAGAGAGGCGUACUUGGGGUGACAUGUCGCUGGUGCUCCCAGCUUUUCCCCAAUGUGGCGGUGCUGCUGCAGCAUGAGCGCUACCUCUGUAAGAUGAACCGAGAGGCAGUGGAGGUGCCUGAAGGUCUUCGCAGCAAAGACCACCCCUCGCCACCUUUAUUCUUCCCCAGAUCUGCUCUCCAACUGGAGAACAGCAAACCAAGUGAAGUAACCAACGGCCUCUCUGGAAACAAAUCACCAUUACAGAAGCCCAGCUGGCACUCCGUUCCGCAGCAGCUUUUGGUCGCAAUGCACUCUCCCCCACAGCCCCACCAUGAUGCCCUGUCCUCACGAGCGUACUGGUCCAGCCGAAAAGGAAGCCCAAGCCAACCAAUCAACCGCUCCCCAAAGUUGUCAUCACCUCGAGCCAGAAGGAGAGUUCCCUCUUCCGGAUUUGGUUCACCAGUCUGCCUCGACCUCACAAGCUGUCCUCCUGAACUCUCCUCCCCUCAGAACCAGACAGACAGCCCCUGGUCACAGAACGAACCUCUGGACCUCUCCCUGCCCAAGCAGCUCUCAGACCAAGAGGGGAGAAACAAAACUGUAAAUGGCAACACAGCAAGAGAGAGGAGAGAGCUCGGGACCCAGCGGCUUAAGAGACCAAGUCCUUCACAUCUACCCCUUCACCACCACCUGGUCUACAGCGGGGCUGGAGCUCCUGUGUUUCCACGUUCCUUAUAUAAUGGAUUUCCUAUCUUCAGUCAGCCAGAUAAUAGCCCUGGGUUUCUCUCUCCUAUGGCUUACAUGAUGGAGGCAGACGCAGAGGCGACGCUGAAAAAGAUCUACCAGGACAGACAAGCUCUCAUGGGUGAGGCGUUAAGCCGUGGAGCUCUGGACUACCUCUCUCUCAUGGAUGAAGGACUGGAGGGAGAAGGAGGGCCUGGGAGGAAGAGACUGAAGAAGACAGACGAGGGGCUUUACGCUUGUGACAUUUGUGAAAAAACUUUUCAGAAGAGCAGCUCUCUGCUCCGACACAAAUAUGAGCACACAGGCAAGCGUCCUCAUGAGUGCAAGAUCUGCAACAAGGCCUUCAAGCAUAAGCACCAUCUGAUUGAGCACAGCCGGCUGCACUCUGGAGAGAAACCCUACCAAUGUGACAAGUGUGGCAAACGCUUCUCUCACUCUGGCUCGUACUCCCAGCACAUGAACCACCGCUACGCUUACUGCAGCAAAGAUCAGGAUCCAGACCAAGACCACGAGGAGAUGCCUCUCACCCCAGGGGCAGGCAACAAUCUCGGGGGCCACCUUGCUGACGGGACCCCUCUAUCCAUGGAGGAUACCCAAACCCCGCACUCCUUCCUCAGCGAUUCCAGUCUGGAUGGAGCUUCAGAGGCCCUCAAGGAAGAAGAGGAAGAGGCAGGAGUCAGUGAUGGUCAUGUGGAAGAGGCGCAUGUGAGUUCAGAGGCAGCAGAGGAGCUGGGAGGUAGCUCCAUCCAAGAAUCACCUACAGGGGAGAAUGGAGUGCAAAAUGAGAGAAAUAUUUACAAUGUGGGAAACCAUAUUGACAAUACAGAGAGACAAUUUUGGGACAGAGACACUGAGGACCAGAAUGGAGACUUGGACAAAUGUGAACUGAGCCUGGAUAUAACAGAUUUACCCAGAAUAAAAACUUAAGGUGACUUUAACAAGCCAAUACAAUGUAUGUACUAUAUAUAUAUAUAAAGACUUUUGAUAAUUUUUUUCUCAUAACAGCGCCACUGAUUUUUUACAUUUUACAACAUGAAAAAAUGUACAGAACUGCCAAAGCAUAGAUGGCCUUAAAGUUGAUGAAGCCAUACAAACAAAACAUAUGUGACAAUACAAAUUACAGUAUUUUAUUAUGCAACAUAGACUUGAUGUACCUACAGUGUUUGAUUUGUUUUGUUUUUUUUAUCGUUUUUUGUUUGCCAGGACAGCUAAAACAUUUGGGUUGACUCGUCUGAGAUCACGUCACAUAUCCAGAUGUGACAUUGCAGAAAUCUCACUUAUUAUAUGCUUGCUGCUGCUGACUAUUGCACAACCCAUAAAGCAGAGGCUUUUGUAUUUUUACCAGUGAGUGGGUUAAGAAACCAGGCCCCGAAGGAAAUGUUUGUAGGAUCGAUUGCUGGAUGGAAAGAUAUCUACUGUUACUUUAACAUGCCAUCAAAGUUAAAGGUUAAAUGUUACAGAUGCAGCCAUAUCAAUCAGAAUCACCUGAUGCUCAGUUAGUAUAUUUAUUCUUCUUAAUAAGUGCAAGUAACAUUCAAUUUUCAAUAUCCUGUGGUAUUAUUUGAUACAAAUCUUUACCUCUAUUUUAAGAAAUGAACAAUAACUUGUCAAAUGUUUUAAAUGAAAAUAAACAUAUGCAGCUAUUACUUUGUCCCAAAGCCAGUGAGGACUUGAGAAUAUAUAAAAGUAUUUGUUGCCAGAACUUUUAUCAUUCAUGCUGUGAAAUCACAAGGUGCAACCAGCUUGUCUCUUCAGGUUAACUAUGGUGCUCAGUGGCUUUAACUAAUCAGCAAUCUAUUUAGUAGUUUAGAGCAAGCGGUAAAAAGAGGAAGAACUGGAAGGAGGUUGUUUAUUUAUUUUUUUAAAUAAAAAGCAGCGGACUGCACCUUUUUAACUGUAUGCCUUGCUAGGGGACAGUCAUUUCUGUAUGGGAGGUUAAAAGGGGCAAAAGAUGAAGUCUUUGGGGUUUUUCCCAAAUGAAACUCGCACUGUCUCACUGUUUGUGUAGUAAUCACACGGAGCUGCUUUAUUUUGUUUAAUGCAAAAAUAUCUCCCAUUUCUUGUAAUAAUUUACAUGUGCUACAGGCUAUUUUCACACCCCCAGAACAAUAAUGUGUCACAUAUUUGGGCUGUCUGUUGCGGUGUGGCAAGACGGUCAAGACUCAGGACACAUACAUCAGCUUAUAACUUCCUCUUUCUGACUGAAGUGUAGUCAACGUGAAAAGUACCUCAGAUGUACUCAGACACUGUGAGUAAUCCAACAAAGCCUUGGUACGACGAGAUAAGAUGGUGGUGCACGAGGUGUGACUAAGCUUGUAGCAUUCAUGCAUACCGUAUGCCAAAGACACUUCUUGGUCAUAAUGUGUGUGUGUGUGUGAGUGUGUGUGUGUGUUUAUCACCAAAGAUAGCAUAUGUGACACGCCAACUGCCACUCUACUCUUGCAUAGUUCCUUACCUGUUAUUUCUGGGUCAAAAAAUAAAAAAAGGUUGACAAAAAAAAGGUUUACUUUCACUCAGUGACUAUACACUUGUUUAUAUCAAGCAGUGUUUUUGUAUCUUUUACAGCACCCAUGCAACUCUUGUAUUAACGUUUUAUAUAUAUAUAUAUAUAUAUUUUUGCAUGUUUGUGGAUGUUUGUAAUAAAAUUGUACAUACUGUGUCACCAGAA